AUGUCUCAAGCUUUUCCAUGCUUCAUUGUUCUUGUAGCAUGCAUUUCUAUGGUGCAAGCAGCUCCAGAGCAAGUUCACUUGGCGUUAUGUAAAGAGCCGGACUGCAUGUCCGUGAGUUGGGUCACCAUGCACGACGAAGGCGGUCAGAAGAUUGUCUAUGGUCGGGACGUCAACGCGUCCAAUCAUGAGUCGCCCGCAAAGACUGUAAAGUGGACGUUCAAAGGGAUUACACGGUAUAUGCACAACGUAAAGAUUAGCAAUUUACGCUAUGACUCAAAAUAUCGUAAGUUAUGGGCCAUUCAAAAAACAUGUUUGUCGGGAAAAUAAUUAACACAAUGUCGCUGCGCCAAUCGCGUUGCUAAAGUGAAAAGAAAUUUGAUUUUGCCGCGACACAAUUCAUUUUUUCGAUGCGAUUUUUGAUGCGACUGAGUCCUCAUUAUUUUCCCGACAGACUGAUAUAUUAGCUCUUAGAUUAUUACGUUGGCAAUGGGAAGUCGAACAGCAAGAAGUUCUUCUUCACGACCUUCCCCAAAGGUGACAACUUCCUAUUCAAGGUGGGGCUCGUGGGCGACCUCGGAAUUGCCGGAAAAUCUAUUCCAUACAUGAUUGAGGCCACACAAAAACGUUGGAUUCAUAUGGUUGUCCAUGUUGGUAAAGACUGAUCAAUUUUCGUUUGAUUGCUGAGAAGGGGCCAAGUCAACGCUCAAAUUUUGAUGGAAUUUAGACCCAGGAAUUUUUUUAAAGCGUAAAUGCAAGACUUCUACCACGCGCUUUGCUGAAACGACCGGGAUUUUUAGGCUUAAAGUUGGCAGAAAAUAUGAAACUUUUUGUCAAAUUUUGGCAUGAAAAAUUUCGCACCGGUUUCUACCACAACUUUGGCAAUGUUUUCGCAAAAAAAUCGACUUUUUUCCGGACGAAACUGGUAUGCCAAAAAGUGUAUUCUCCCAGGAUAGUCCAAAAAAGUGUAUUCUUCCUGGCUCACGUGCUUUCGCGGCCGUUAAAAACCGUUUUUUAAUUUUAAAAAAUCUCGGCGGCCACUGCAAAGCGCAACUUAAAAUUUUUUGGAAUUGAUGUUCCGCCCAUGCCUAAAAAGUAUGCAAAAUUUGAAGAAAAUCUGAGCGUCGCACUUGGCUUACUUCUCAUCGGAGCCUAGAUAAUAAAUAAUCGCCGAAUAUUUAGGCGACAUUGCCUACAAUCUGCAGAAUAGGCAGGGAAAGUUGGGAGACGCAUAUAUGAGAAAGAUUGAGCCAAUCGCCGCGUACAUUCCUUACAUGGUAAUAGCCGGAAAUCAUGAGGAAGACGGAGAGGACUUUGCCAAUCUGCGAUAUCGAUUUAGUAUGCCAGAUAGUGUCAGUGGGGACAAUCAGUACUAUAGGUAACCGCUAAAUUGUUGAGAAAUAAGAAAAUAUUACUUCUCAAUAAUAUGCUGUUGUUUCAUAUCAAUGAAUGGCAAAAAAUUUCAGCUUCAACGUCGGGCAAGUCCACUGGGUCGGUCUGAGUUCCGAACUGUAUGCGUAUGCCCACAAAUACGGCAAGGGGAGAGUCCAAAAUCAGUAUUAA